AUGACCUCCAAGUGGUAUGGGUCCGGCCUUCGUUGCAGCAAGAAGAUAGAAAUCUGGAGAUCGGACAUGCUUUGCGUGGAGGCUAUCGCCUUGAACGAGUGCGACACUGAGAAGGGAUGCGGUGACAUUGAGAUCAGCACGUCGCCUGUCGUGUGGAAGUUCUUAAGGCUUGACACCAAUGUCGGCAAGGUGUCGUGCGUCGCCGGGCAGGUAAACAACCUUCCGGCUGUGAUGUCGCUGAACGGCUUCGAGCAAGGAGAGGAGGGUGGGCCGGCCAAGUGCGACGGCCAGUACCACAGCGACACCCUCUAUCUGGUGGCACUGACUUCGGUAUGGUACGGGCCGGGCCUCCGUUGCGGCAAGAUGAUCAGCAUCACGAGCGCGGGCGGGAUCACCGUCCAGGCCAUGGUCGUGGACGAAUGCGACUCAGACAACGGUUGCGGCGACACAGAGAUCAGCACGUCGGCUGCCGUGUGGCAUGCCUUCGGGAUUGACACCAGCGUCGGGGAGGUGGCCGUCACCUGGUCGGAUGUCUAA